AGUAAAUCGCCAUCUUGAAACCCUUAUUGCUCUCUUCGUGUUGCGUACUACGCCCCUUGUUGAUAAAAAAAACGACAGUAGUCAGCUGUAUUAUUUAAACCUUUAUUUUAAAACGUAGGAAAUUAAGGAGCCAGGACGCUUUGAAUAAAAGCUAUUGUAGCUGGCUAAAACCAUGCAAAAGUAUGAGAAGUUGGAGAAGAUAGGAGAGGGUACAUAUGGGACCGUUUUCAAAGCUAAAAACAGAGAAACGCAUGAGAUUGUGGCCCUCAAACGAGUGCGAUUGGACGAUGAUGAUGAGGGGGUUCCAAGCUCAGCUUUACGAGAAAUUUGCCUCCUGAAAGAACUGAAGCAUAAAAACAUUGUAAGGUUACAUGAUGUCCUACACAGUGAUAAGAAGCUCACAUUAGUGUUUGAGUUCUGCGAUCAGGACUUGAAGAAAUACUUUGACAGCUGUAAUGGUGACUUGGAUCCAGAGAUUGUCAAGUCCUUUAUGUACCAGUUAUUGAAGGGCCUUGCCUUCUGCCACAGCCGAAAUGUUCUCCAUCGAGACCUCAAACCACAAAAUCUGCUCAUCAACAGAAACGGUGAACUGAAGUUAGCUGACUUUGGCUUGGCCAGAGCGUUUGGAAUACCUGUGCGAUGUUAUUCUGCUGAGGUGGUGACGUUGUGGUACAGGCCACCGGAUGUGCUGUUUGGUGCUAAGCUUUACUCUACCUCUAUUGAUAUGUGGUCUGCAGGGUGUAUAUUUGCUGAACUGGCAAAUGCAGGACGGCCCUUAUUUCCUGGAAAUGACGUGGAUGACCAGCUAAAGAGGAUCUUUAGAUUGCUGGGAACACCGACAGAAGAACAAUGGCAGACUAUGAAUAAACUUCCAGAUUAUAAGCCGUACCCAAUGUACCCAGCUACUACAUCACUUGUGAAUGUGGUCCCGAAACUCAGCAGCACUGGCAGAGACCUUCUACAGAAUCUUCUGAAAUGCAAUCCAGUACAGCGGAUUUCAGCGGAGGAAGCCCUACAGCACCCUUUCUUUGCAGAUUUCUGCCCACCCUAAAUGUCAGAUCACAGAUGAUGGGCCAGUCUUACCUCGUCAAACCCCUCGAACACCUCCAGCUUUCAGUUCCGCUCACACCUGCUAGAAGAGGGACCGUGAAACACUCCUCCCCCUUACAGUUAAUGAUUUGAUCAUACGCAUAUGAUAGUGACAGAGUGUGGUGCUAUUAUCCUACAUAAACCAUGUGUUUGACUUAUGUUAGAACAGUUCACCCAAAAAUGAAAAUGGAAAUAAGCUGCAUGAAUGUUCCUCCACAUCUAGGUGGGAGUAAAUGACAACUAGAUUUUCAUUUUUGGGUGAACUACUGUUUAAACAUCACUUUUUGUCACCAAAAUUUCAGUUCUGGCUCUUUAGUUUAUUGCCAAAUGUGCUUCAUAGGUCUUUAAUCGUUUACAAAAUGCUGCCAUGAAGACUAUUGAAAGCAGCGUUUUCUUUUUUUAUUUGUUAAAGAUCAAAUCAGCUGUAUGAUUUACUACGGUACAGCACACAUACUUGAUUUAGCAUGUUACAAUACAUCGCAUUUUAAAAAGUUACUUUUGUGUUGGACUUUUGGUAAGGGUAUAGGAAAAAAGAGUAGAGUACUUAUUGUGUGACUAAUUUUGCCACUUUCUAUGAAUUAUGAAUUAUAUUUUAGUGGUCAUUUUAAACCAUUAUCAGAAUUGUUGACUCUUGAUUUUUAGGGUUUUUUUCCCCCUCAAAUUUAAGCAAAUCUUGUAUUUCAAAUAGACUUUUUUUCAAUAGAAUAAGCUGAUUCAAUUCAAAUGCAUUCAUGUAGAAUAAGAAAGGGUGUUUUUAAUAAGAAAUAGUGGUCCACGAAAAUUGCCUUGAACAGUCGGAGCAAUAGCUGUGUGUAAAAGAACAAUGUUCUUAUAUUUCAAUGCAUGCCAGUGUUGUCAUUACACUUCAUGUGAUGUUGCACAUGUACCUUAUGGAAGAGUUGGGUCAUUGGAUCAUUUACGUCCAGAUGGCCCUGAAGUCUGUGAAAUAUAAGAUAAAACUAACACUUUCCCUUCUUUUGCUUUGCUUCUGUCGUCAGCUGUAGUAGAUGUAUAAUGUUAGAGACCAUAAAUCGACAUUUUAACUUUCAGGCGUUAUAUAAUGAUUUUAUUGUAUUGAUUUGAAGUAUUAUAAUUAUCUGAAAAUGGUUUAGAUUUCUUUGAGAUAGUGGUUGCAAUUUUCAUUUUUUAAACACUGUGUGAAAAUGCUUUUAUUUAUUUAUAUAAUAUGUGAUCUAUAAAAGGCUUAAGUUUCAAAGUAGGUGGAUUCGGUAAGGGACCAUUCCUGACUUCUGGAUAGAUCUUUCAUGAUACACUUAGCAUACUAAACAUUUUUAUUAUAAACCAUGUAAGAUUUGUUAUGGAGACAAAAGUAAAAGUUGCUAUAGUACAAAUAGGAUAUGAGCAACAGGCUUGUAAAUAAUGUGUGAAAACAACCUUAUGUUUCUUAUAUGUUGUUAUCAAGAAUGUAGCAGAAUUCCGUGUGCAACCCUCCAUCAAGACAACACAGAUUUUUACUUUACGAUCAUCUGGAAACCGUACGUAAAAUUUGUUACUGUAUACAGAACUGCACCAAAUUAUUAAAAAUGUUUUCUCUAAACAAA